AUGCUUACGGAACAGAACAAGAACAUGAUCAAUGAUUCACUCACUGAUCAGCGAUCUUUAGAUUCUUUAGUGCUCAUGAUUAAAGAAGUGAGGGAAGAAGGAAGCACAUCAUAUCCAUCUUCAUUGAAACCCGUUUCCAAAUAUAACAUUCUCCAUUCUUACUUUGAAUGUAACUUUAGUGAUGAUGAUAGUAAAUUGAUUGCACUGGAAUUCAAAAGACAAAUAAAAUCUUGUAUCAAGGAUCCUAUUUUCAUUGAUGAAGUUCGGAACAAAAUUAUAUAUUUGCACAACUACAAUAUGAAAGUAGCUGAGGUUUCAAUUACUUACCCAUUUUCUACUGAACUAGCUGAACUUCUUCUGCAAUAUGUUUUGUUAGAAUCCAGAACUUUAUACAGAAGACAUUAUUAUACUGGUAGAAAUGAAAUCAAAGCUCAAGACAGGAUAUUGAGAUUACUGCUACAUAUAUAUAGAGCUUAUUUUGAGAGCAAAUCAGUGCCUGCAAAGAACAUAUUAGAGAAGUCUGCUAAAGCUAUAAUAAACAUGUUUAUUGAGAUAAGAAGAGAUUAUGGAUUGAAUAAUGCCUUGCUGGAAAAUAUGACAAAGUAA